AUGAUUUCAAAACUUCCUUAUGAUUGUAUAAGUGACAUGUUAGAGUUUCUUCGCGAUGACAAGAAGACACUUUAUUACUGUUUAUAUGUUGAUCGUACCUGGUGUCAACUUGCGGCUCCCUUACUAUGGACUCGACCUUUUGAAAAAGAAAACGGAAGCAAAUCACAUAUAGUCAUUGAUACAUUAAUAACAUGUCUAGAUGAAGGGGAGAAACAAAGGUUAAGGGCGGAAUUGAACGAUUUACCUGAAAGGAAACCGUCAUUAUUUAAUUACGCAACAUACAUCAACGGGUUCGAUUAUCAAAAUUUUGAAAAUGCGAUAAAAAAAUGGACAAAAAUUCGUUGUGAUGAUAUUAAUGUUAACAUGCACGUUUCUUUAUUUCAAAUAAUUGGAAAUUUGAUCUUUUCCCGUUCCAAACAUCUUAAAAUUUUAAAUUUAAAUCAUGAUGAUAAAUGUCAUGAUGAUGAAAAAUCUCACGAAUACACAAUCUUUCAAAAGAUCUUGACUUUUAAUAAUAUUGAAAAUGUUUUAUUGAAUUUAGAAAAGUUAGAAUUAAAAUAUUUUGGUUGGGAGUUUGAUAUCGAUGGUUCGUUUGGGGAUAAAAUUUCAAGAUUUUUCAUUCAACUUUCAAAUUAUUCUCAAAACAUUCAAGAAUUAAUUAUUGAUAUCUUCUUUGAUUCAACGAAUACUUUCAAAGUUAGCGAAUCUUUAACAAAAUUAAUUGAAUCUCAGAGGAACCUUUAUUUACUUCAAGUAAAUGAGUAUAUCGGUUAUUCAUUUAUUCAUUCAAUUAAAAGUCAGGCGAAUUCUUUAAAAUUUCUCAGAAUUUUGGAAUUGAGCAAUUUUCAUACUUUAUUACCCAUAUUACAUGAAUGCGUUAAAUUAGAAACUCUUGAAUUGACGGAAUAUUUUGAAGUAGAAAAGUUAGGUGAAUUUUUAAAUCCAAACAUAUCUUUACCACCAAUUCACAUCAAAAAUUUACUCGCCUAUCAAAUUGAUAUGGAAAGGAAUCCGCAAAACUUUGAGGAUGCGAUGGCAAUUUUGAUCAAUUUAUCAAGACAUAAAUUAGAAUCCCUCACGAUGGAAUAUGUAACUUAUAGAACAAUCUCUUUUCUAAAAUCACAUUGUCCGAAUAAUUUGACUCAUUUAUCUUUAAAAAUUUCAACUUUUGCUUUGGUUAAAUUAUAUGAAUUAUUUCCUUUAUUAAAAUCCCUUGAAACCUUAAUCCUCAUAGAAUCCGGAAGGUAUGAAGACCCUAUAUCACCGGAAUCUACUAAUCAAUUGUCUCAAUUGGCUAGGACCAUUCCUCCUAGCUUGAAAUGCCUUGGAAUUUCAUUCUUACUUGACCUUUCUGGUUAUAAAAAAUUUUAUGAAGUACUUUCGGUUCCAAUUCAAGAAUUAGAUGUGUACAUCUCAUUGGAUGAUGAUUAUUUGAAAGAAAUUGUUUCUUAUGCCGAAAAAAAUCGAAAUUUAAAGAGGGUCGGAAUCAUGAGGUUUAAAAGUUCGCUUAUAGAUGGUCAUAUUUCCAUGGAACUUUAUCAAAAAGCAAAAUCUUUAAUACCUAUUGUAGGAGAAACCAACAAAAUCAAGCAUUUCGUCAACAAAUAA